AUGUCUUGCUACAAGGGAAAGUACACUGAUGAGCUCAUUGCCAAUGCUGCUUACAUUGGUACUCCUGGAAAGGGUAUCCUUGCUGCUGAUGAGUCGACUGGCACCAUUGGCAAGCGUCUAGCUAGCAUCAAUGUUGAGAAUGUUGAGACAAACAGGAGGGCUCUUCGUGAGCUUCUUUUCACCACUCCCGGUGCUCUUCAAUGCCUGAGUGGUGUUAUCCUCUUUGAGGAAACACUCUAUCAGAAGACUGCUGCAGGAAAGCCCUUUGUUGAUGUCAUGAAAGAAGGUGGAGUCCUCCCUGGAAUUAAGGUUGACAAGGGUACAGUGGAGCUAGCGGGUACCAAUGGUGAGACCACCACCCAAGGUCUUGAUGGCCUUGCUCAACGCUGCCAGCAGUACUAUGCAGCUGGUGCCAGGUUCGCUAAAUGGAGGGCUGUUCUCAAGAUUGGCCCCAAUGAACCAUCACAACUUGCAAUCAAUGAAAAUGCCAACGGCCUAGCCCGUUAUGCCAUCAUCUGCCAGGAGAACGGUCUUGUACCUAUUGUUGAGCCUGAGAUCCUUGUUGAUGGUCCCCAUGACAUCAACAAGUGUGCUGAGGUGACCGAGCGUGUUCUUGCUGCUUGCUACAAGGCACUCAAUGACCAUCACGUCCUCCUUGAGGGAACUUUGUUGAAGCCUAAUAUGGUUACCCCCGGGUCUGAUGCGGCCAAGGUUGCACCAGAAGUCAUUGCAGAGUACACAGUUCGUGCCCUGCAACGCACAAUGCCUGCUGCAGUUCCUGCUGUGGUGUUUUUGUCUGGUGGGCAGAGCGAAGAGGAGGCAACACGCAAUCUUAACGCGAUGAACAAACUUAAGACCAAGAAGCCAUGGUUCCUUUCUUUCUCAUUUGGGCGUGCCCUGCAGCAGAGCACCCUCAAGGCUUGGGCUGGAAAGGACGAAAACAUUGGGAAGGCUCAGGCUGCAUUCCUUGCAAGGUGCAAGGCCAAUUCCGAAGCAACCCUUGGAACUUACCAGGGUGGUGCAUUGAGUGAGGGUGCCUCUGAGAGCCUCCAUGUCAAGGACUACAAGUACUAG